AUGUUUCUGACGUGGCGACAUGUUACCAAAGCCCUUUUAAUUAUUGUGAUCAUACAACAAGUAUUGUCGCUUAAGAUCAGUUCGACAGCGGAUCCUCAAGACUGGAGGGUAAUAGAGGCCUUAGCAGAAGAGUAUCCGUACGUGGUCGGUCUCCUAAGCGGCACCAAAGACUAUAUCUGCACAGGAAGCAUCAUCAGCAAGCGGUCGAUACUAACAUCGGGUAGCUGCGUUUCAUACGACCCUAAAUAUGUCUUGCUAAACACAGCCAUGUACAACAAAAGACUUAAUAAUACGUCCGUAUUUGAUGUAGCGUACACGAAGCUGCACGCAGACUACAUAUUUGACUUGAAAACGACAGAUCCCAAUGUCACCCGAAUGCACAGUAAUAUAGGCUUGGUGUUUGUGCUGCCCCCAGUUCUGGAACUUUUUGUUAUUUCCGCUGAUAUUGGGAAUUAUUACGCUUCCGAGUUAAAGGAGAAAAAGCUAAUUGCAGUUGGAUAUGGUAGAAUCGGCGCGUCUGAUACGAUAGCACUACAGCAUCAAGCGUACCAUCAGACCCCAUGCACGAACCCCAAGUGGUACUAUUGCGUGUGUGGUAUCGAGUACUCCACGUACACGAGGACCUACACGUACGAGUUCGGCAUCGGCGCCCCAGUGCUGCUCGGCAGUGAACUUGUUGGCAUUACCGCAACUCCCUGCGGGACCCUAUCAAUGAAAAACUUGGGAAUUAAAUACAACAUAUUUACCGUCAUUGGACCGUACUUGCCGUGGAUACAUAAAUCCGAAAUUAAACCAAACGUGGUUGCUCAAAUGCGCAGCACAAAUGCCAGUGGCAAGAAAGCAAGUCCAUUACAACUUCUUUGUAUAUUGAUGAUGCUUAGUAAAUGGCUUUCAUGA